AAUGAGGGUGGGAGCUAGAGAAAUUGGCUUUAUAAACUCAUUGCUGAAAAUUUAACAACCAGAACUGUAUCAGCUUUUGCAUUAUCAAUUUGCAAUAAUUAAAAUCAACAUGUACUCUCACAUCAUCAUUCUUGUUACUAUUGGAGUUUUUGGUGCUUCAUUGGCAGCUCCAUCAUGGGGUGGACACCACAAACAUGUAGUUAUUCAUGUUCCUCAACAUAUACAUACUGUUCAUCAUCAUCAUACAGAAAAAGUGCCUUAUCCAGUGCAUCAUGUUGAAAAAGUACAUGUACCAGUUCAUCAUGUUGAAAAAGUUCAUGUGCCUGUUCCUUAUCCAGUACAUCAUGUUGAAAAAGUACAUGUACCAGUUCAUCAUAUUGAAAAAGUACAUGUUCCUGUACCAGUUUAUCACAAGGAAGAACAUGAAGAACAAAAAUGGUGGGCUUAGAUACAAAGUUCUCUUUGUAAUAUCAUAAAUUUAUAAGUGAUUUGUUUUUAUUUUUUCUUCUUUAAUGAAUGUAUUAUUAAAAAAAGAAAAACAAUGUUGAAUGUUAUGCUUCGACCAAAUAUACAAAUUU